UGGUUGCAUUACAUCUUUCAAGCAACAACAACACAGCCUUUUUCCAUCCAUCUCUCACCGGGUUUUAGAGGAACGAAAAUGGCUCGCAAGAAGAUCCGAGAGUAUGAUUCAAAGAGGUUGGUUAAGGAGCACUUUAAGAGGAUAUCUGGUUCUGAAUUGCCCAUCAAAUCUGCACAGGUUACAGAGUCAACCGAUUUCAAUGAGCUUGCAGAGAAGGAACCAUGGCUCUCUUCGUCCAAGCUGGUUGUGAAACCAGACAUGUUGUUCGGAAAGCGUGGCAAGAGUGGACUUGUUGCCUUAAAUCUUGAUUUGGCUCAAGUUGCUGAAUUCGUAAAGGAGCGUCUUGGCAAAGAGAUUGUGAUGGGAGGAUGCAAAGGACCCAUAACCACAUUCAUUGUCGAACCAUUUGUUCCACAUCACGAAGAGUUCUAUAUCAACAUUGUUUCUGAACGGUUAGGAUGUAGCAUUAGCUUUUCAGAAUGUGGAGGAAUCGAAAUUGAAGAGAAUUGGGACCAGGUGAAGACAAUCUUUCUACCCACAGGGGUGUCAUUGAAUCAAGAGAUAUGUGCUCCACUUGUUGCCACCCUCCCACUGGAGUUUAAAUCUGUAAUAGAGGAGUUCAUCCAACAUGUAUACUCCCUAUUCAUAGAUCUCUACUUCACUUUCCUAGAAAUGAAUCCAUUCACCCUGGUAGAUGGAAAGCCUUACCCUCUUGAUAUGAGAGGCGAGCUUGACGACACUGCUACUUUCAAGAACUUCAAAAAGUGGGGCAGUAUCGAGUUCCCGAUGCCUUUUGGAAGAGUUAUGAGUGCUACUGAAAGCUUUAUUCAUGGACUUGAUGAGAAGACCAGUGCAUCUUUGAAGUUCACGGUUCUUAAUCCAAAAGGACGAAUUUGGACCAUGGUUGCUGGUGGUGGUGCAAGUGUUAUCUAUGCUGAUACUGUUGGAGAUCUUGGCUAUGCUUCCGAGCUUGGAAACUAUGCAGAAUAUAGCGGUGCACCCAACGAAGAGGAAGUUCUGCAAUAUGCUCGAGUUGUCAUUGAUUGUGCAACUGCUGAUCCUGAUGGUCAAAGGAGGGCGCUUGUAGUAGGAGGUGGAAUCGCCAACUUCACUGAUGUUGCAGCCACCUUCAAUGGCAUCAUUCGUGCAAUGAAGGAAAAGGAAUCCAAAUUGAAAGCUGCAAACAUGCACAUCUAUGUGCGUAGAGGAGGUCCAAAUUACCAAAGAGGACUUGCAAGAAUGCGUGCACUUGGAGCCGAACUUGGCAUCCCUAUUGAGGUAUACGGGCCUGAGGCGACGAUGACGGGAAUAUGCAAACAAGCAAUCGAGUGCAUCACGGUUGCGGCUUAAAUUCGGUGGACCGUAUCAGAAUCUUUUAACUUUGUUUCAUUAUAAUGUUGAGAUUUUCAAGUUAAGCGCUAAUAAAAGGGUUGUGAUUCAACUAUUAUAUGCGGGUUCAAUUUACAACAAUACUUGUAUUCGCGAUCUUGGAUCCUUUAAAACAUUCGAGUAUGAUGAAUGAGUUCCCGGCAUUUAGUUCCCACUCUUGCACAAGACGGGGUUGUUCUA